CAGUAAUACGGUACAGAAUAACAGAACUGAAAUUUGUGAAUGAACUUCGCGAGGUUUGUGUAUCCGGGUGUUCCGGGUCCCCGCAUUCCCCGCAUCGCGGAAAUCACGGAUGUGAAUCCACCAACAAACGGGGACAACGGGGUAUUCAGGAUGGUGUAUUCGAUGAUGAUCAACAACAAGAUACCACUUGCUAUGUACAAAUCCCUGAAAACUGGCCUGACAAUUUGUAUUGCGGACGUAAGUGAUCCGAUUGUCAGCUGCCACUUCGCUAUAGCUACUGAAGUGUUUACGGACAAUGGUCUUCCUGAAGCAGUGUCACAUCUUGUAUUGAUGGGUAGCGAAGAUUAUCCCUAUAAAAAUCUUUUAACUCGCUGGUCUCACAAAUGCUACUCACUUGAUGCCGAGAUCCAUACGUUUCAAGAUUACACUUGUUACAGUAUGAGAACAAGUGAGACAGAAGGAUUUUUUUCCCUAUUGCCUGUAUAUCUUGAUCACAUUCUUUAUCCCACACUUUCGGAAGCAGCAUAUAUUAUAAAUGUACAUCAUAUUACUAAAUAUGGAGACAAUGGAGGUACAUUUUAUUUUGACACCAGGACUAAAGAAUUAGACGGAGAAUAUGUAACUUACACUGAAUUAAUGAAAGCGAUGUAUCCCGAAAGUUGUGGAUAUAGUUCAAUCGUUCAAGGUAUAAAAAUAUUUAAUCCUCUUGUCAAUAUAUUUAUUUUUCCCUUUCGUUUAAUAUCCGGAAUACCCGAGUACUCACUACGCAAAAUCGAUAGUUACGGCAGUGUAGUAAAGCUACUUAUGCACUUCCUCCCAGAUACAGCUGACACGGCGAUAACCCACAAACCUUCUGGUAUAAUUAUUUAUUGUUAUAUACACGUAGGUACAUCGAAUUACAUAUCGGAAUAUCUUGUUCUCGAAGAUAUCAGACAGUAUCACGAAGAAUACUAUAGACCAGAAAACUUAACUGUAUUAAUAGUAGGUCAAGUAGACCAUACUAAAGUUUUAGACAUGUUACUACCUUUAGAAGAGAAAAUAAUAUCAAAAGGAGACAGAGGUGAAUUUAAAAGACCCUGGCAGACUCCAAUUAAACCGCUUACAAAAAGCAUAGAUGUGGAAUUCCAAUAUCCAUGUUACUCGUGUACUGGGGCUUAUAUUCGUAUAGCCUGGCAAGGACCGCCCAUUUACAAAAUGUAUGACUAUUUCAGCUUUUGUUUAAUCUCGCAAUAUUUGACUGACACAACUGAAGGUGUACUGCAAAAAGAAUUUGCCAAGGAACAGAUCUUCUAUGAAUAUUAUUUCCAUGAAUUCUCAACUUCAGCUUUAAGUUUAAUGUUUUCGAAUGUGCCAGGUAGUAAAGUUCCUCUAGUCAAGGAGUCUGUGAUAAAAGUUCUCAAACAUACAACUGACGUUGGUAUAGAAUUAAAAAGAAUGAAGAUUAUAAUUCGCAGAUAUAUUAUUAAAAUUUUAAAUGACCUGGAAAAUAAUCCUCAUAAUACAAUCGCAAAUGGGCUGUUUAAACAUAUGUUAUAUGGAAAAUCACUGAAAGACCUGAAUCAUAGAUUGAACAUUAUACAUUAUCUCAAAAUAUUAGAAAAUGAAUCUAAAAGUUACUGGUACAAUCUUUACAAGAAAUACUUUGUUGAAACUCCAAUGGUUGUUGUGAAAGGCACACCCAGUCAUGAAAUGUUAAAGAUAUUUUCAGGAGAGGAGAGAAAAAGAAAAAUUGAUCGGAUGCGCGAGUUUGGCAUGCUUGGGUUAGCUAGAAACGAUAUACUUCUUUCCCAAGCCAUUAGCGAAAAUUCACAUAUACCUGAUGAAGUAUUAGAAAGUAUACCUGUACCUGAUAUAAAUUCCAUUGUCUUCCGUCACAUUAAAAAUUACAGUACGGAAACUUUGGAGCAGCAUCCUGAAUUAGAUGUCAAAUUAUUACCAUUAUUUACCUAUAUAGAGAAUACCGAUACGAUGUUCAUUUAUAUGUUUGUUGUCAUGGAUACUACUUCCAUUAGUAACGUAUGUAAAAAAUAUAUUCCACUAUUGUUAGAACUCAUUAUGGAAUCUCCAGUGAAAAGAGAUGAUCAACUGAUUCCUUAUAAGGAAGUAAUAGACGAAUUAAAAGCAGAUACUGUACUAGCUACUACUCAAAUUAGUCUUCAUAAGCCUAUGGCAUUCUCAUACAAGUCCUCUAGUGUUUAUUUGAUACUUACAUUUGAAUAUGAAAAGUAUGAAAAAGGUGUAAAGUGGAUUAAAGAGCUUUUAUAUGACACUGUGUUAACAGUUGACAGAUUAAAAGAAGUAGCAACAAACAAACUAAAUAGCAUUGCUCAAUUGAAGACAGAAGGAGAAAGAGUUACGGAUGAUUUAAUGAAAAUAGCUCUGUACAAUGAAGACAGCAAUCCUUACAUGUUCAGUUUAUUGCAACAAGAAGAGUUUCUCAUUGACAUUCUACAACGUCUGGACAAUGAUGUAGAUCAGAAGGAAAUCAUGGCAAAUAUUGAAUCAAGCAGAAAAGUCUUGACGUUAUCAGAAAAUAUGGUUUUGUAUAUGACUCUUAACAUCAUGAAAUUAAUACAUAAAGUUCCAAAUGUGUAUGCCCCAUGGAAAACGUUCUUUUCUGAUGUAACAGUUGCAGAAGGAAAGACUAACAAUAAGGUCAACAUAACUAAUGAUUGGACAUUAUUGAGUUCCACGAAUCAUAUUGCUAUUAGUAGAUGUAUUGUUGGAUUAGAAAAUGAAACGAAUGCAUUCUUUCUACGAGCUCAUCCAUGUAUAAAUGAUUACCGGAAUCCCGAUCUGCCGGCUUUGCUCGUUUGUUUGAUGUAUCUUGAUCAAAUGGAUGGACCCUUGUCGUUAUUAAUUCGACACUCUGAACGUGCGCGCGAUUACGAAUUUUUUGUAUCAUUGCACGAAGGACUGUUGUACUUAGCUAUUAAUGAUGCUACAGACCUGGUAGGCGCGUACACUAAGGCUAAAAAGAAUACGGAAAAUCGUAUGUUUGGACAAUGGACUGAUAUUUUUUGCGAGUCAGCCAAAUCACUUACCAUCUUCCAGCUUGUGAGAAUGAAGAACGCCAUAGGCAACAGAGCAAAUGAAUCAUUAAGAUGUUGUCGUGGUUUGCCGCUUGAUUACUGUGUUCCACUAAUGCGAGAUAUUCCCACCGUUACCAAGGACGAUAUGAGCCGCGUAACAGUUCAAUAUAUUACACCAUUAUUCGAUCCGGAAGCAUGUAAGACUAUCAUUGUGUGUCAUAAAUCUGUAAUCUCAGUAAUAAAUGAAACUUUUAAAGGAAUGCAUCAUAGUUUGAAUACAUAUAGCAAUUUUAAAGAAGCUUAUUUAAUACUAUCUAAAAAAACGUAA